CGUCCAUCCACUAAAAUCACGUUCAGGCCGUUGAGGCGGAGGACAGGAGGACAGGGAGGAAAGCUUUGGGUGCUGUUUGUUUGGUUCGCAGUCUGUGUUUUCGCGUGUCCGUGGGGGUUUUCAGGAGUCCAGACGUUCCACUCGGCCAGCGAAACGAUGUGAUUGUCUUCGACACAGCGGUCUCGAAGGUGGUGUUGGCCCCAAAGUGGCGUCGUGCUUGUUCGUCGUGCAGUCCACAGCUGUGAUCCAUCGAGUGGUGAGUCAACGCGCUCGGCUGUGGGCACGACAUCACUUUUCUGAAGACCCGCACGAUGGUAAUGGCCGAAGGCGAAGCCUCGGCGACCAAGUUGACUGACAGCUCGUUCCGGAAGACCCUGUACGCGCUCGAGCAGUGGCCCAGCGCGAUCGAAAGCCUCCGCAACGAAAACCACUCGCCGCAAUUCGUGAGCACUUUCUGCGGCCUCCUGGACCGCACCUUGUCGGAGUUGGAGGUAAUCUCGUCGCUGAUGGACAAGCAGAACAAGAGGCAGGACGGGACCGAGUCCAAGUCGGACGAAGCGCCCGCGACCUGCGGCAAGGAAGACGCGAAGGAGGACUCGGCGUCGCCGGCCGCGGACCCCAAACCGCCGGUCAAGAAAGCGCGGAUGAAGUACACGCCGCUGAGAAAGCUUAGCACUUGACUGUUGCCAUCUCACUUCUCGUGUGGCACAAUACGGCCAACGCGAAGACACAACACCUUCGGGUUGGCCGGAGUGUCGUGCUGUGUCGCCAAUGUUCCAUUUCUGUUAGAAAGUAGUGUGCUGUUUCGUAUGUUGUAGCGACAGUUUAAUGAUCUGUAAUAUUCCAACGAUUCCGCUAUUGCACCUUUAUAGGGACAUAGCUGUCUAGAAAGAUGCGUCAUUGACAGUUUCGGGGUAACCCCUACCACAAAACUGUUAAGAGAACUGAUAGAUGAGUAUUCAGAGGCUUGUAAUGUUGACACUGUUGUGUUUGUGAGCUGGUGUUCUGCACCUUACCGUGUGCUUCCUCGGCGUGAAGUUCAGUUUCUCCGAGAAAGUUUCACAUUCCAUUUGUUAAUUUUUUUCUUUUCGGAAUUUUAUCUUCCAUUGUGAUGUGCACAUUGAUUUCUGUUGUAGGUCUGUUGUCUGUGUCGUCCAUUCACCUUUCUGUCAUACCUUGUAAACCAGGCACCACCGUGUUCAUUUGUGUAGCAUGCAGAUGCUUGACGCACUCUUUCGAGAAAGGAGCUUAUUUUGUUUGAACAUGUAUGACGCAGCGCUCGAUGAGGCCGCACAACCUUUGAACUCCUCACGAGGGGCCAGCAAAGUGCACAUUAUCAACUGGUUCUAAGAAUGGUUGCCACCAACAUCGGGUCUUGUUAUUAUCAUAGCCGGAAGAUUCCUCACUAGGAGCAUGUUUUGCAAGUUCCAAUAGCUUCUGUGACUUAAGUGAGAAUUUAUUCUGGAUGCUUUGAGCAGGUUUCAGAGCAACCAAGGUAUGAAGUAAAAGAAACAUGAUGUGAAAACAGUGAUGUUGCUUUGUAUAUGGUUCCAUUCAUUGUAACAGCGACUGGUAUAACGGCAUCAUCUGCCAAACUUGAGCACUUUUCCCGAUUCUUGGCGUACAAUCUGAAAGUGUCUGAAGCCGUGCACUCCUGUGGCCUCACUGAACACUGUGUGUAAGAGACUUGACACAAUAUGCGUACGGAUGUAUGUUGAGUAUGUAUUGACGAAGAACCACCCAAAAUAUUACGGGCAUUAUGGGCAGCAUGUCCCCAUUGUUGAUUCUGUCUGUGCCUCUUCAUGUGUUUUGCAUUAAAAGCAGCUGAUCAGUUUAUCUCUUAGUGCCACAAACAAA